AGUCCGAGUGGAGUGAGCGAGCUGAGUGGUUGUGUAGUCGAGUCCCGGAGACUGGUAGCGCUUGCAGCAUGGCUGACCAGCUGACUGAAGAGCAGAUGGCAGAAUUCAAAGAAGCUUUUUCACUAUUUGACAAGGAUGGUGAUGGAACUGUAACAACAGAGGAGUUGGGAACUGUAAUGAGGUCUCUUGGGCAGAAUCCCACAGAAGCAGAGUUACAGGACAUGAUUAAUGAGGUGGAUGCUGAUGGUAAUGGCACAAUUGACUUCCCGGAAUUUCUGACAAUCAUGGCAAGAAAGAUGAAAGACACAGACAGUGAAGAAGAAAUUAGAGAAGCAUUCCUUGUGUUUGAUAAGGAUGGUAAUGUCUAUAUUAGUGCAGCAGAGCUCCGCCAUGUGAUGACAAACCUUGGAGAGAAGUUAACAGACGAAGAGGUUGAUGAAAUGAUCAGGGAAGCAGAUAUUGAUGGUGAUGGUCAAGUAAACUAUGAAGAGUUUGUACAAAUGAUGACAGCAAAGUGAAGACAUUGUACAGAAUGUGUUAUAUUUCUUGUACAAAAUUGUUUAUUUGCCUUUUCUUUGUUUAUAACUUAUCUAUAAAAGGAU